AUGAAGAGAAGUCAGGAAAGCACCAAACUAUACAAAGAUGAUGUUUUCUCCACCGGGGGCUUAGAUGAAGCAGAAAUAAAGAUCCAGGAGAACUUCCAAGGUCAUGAACCAGGGUGGAGGAAACGGAAACACCUUCUCUGCUCUGGAGAGCACAGUUCCGUUUCCACUGGCGGUGCUGGCCACCUCUCCAUACAGGAAUUAAGAUCCCAGGACCUCGACAAACCAGGGCUUUAUACCCCUCAAACCAAUGGGAGAGCAACCUUUGGAAAGUCAAACAAAAAACCUGCAUCUGAAAGAAAAGUCUCGAUAUUUGGUAAAAGAACUAGUGGGCAUUCAUCCAGGAAUAGUCAACUUGGUAUAUUUUCCAGUUCUGAAAAAAAAAUCAAGGAUCGAAGACCACUUAAUGAUAAAGCGUUCAUUCAGCAAUGUAUUCGACAGCUCUAUGAGUUUCUUACAGAAAAUGGUUAUGUAUAUAGUGUAUCCAUGAAGUCUCUACAAACCCCAUCAACUAAAGAUUUCCUAAAGAUCUUUGCCUUUCUUGAUGGCUUCCUAUGCCCCUCAUAUGAACUUCCUGACAUGAAAUUUGAAGAGGUUCCAAGAAUUUUUAAAGACCUUGGGUAUCCCUUUGCACGGUCCAAGAGCUCCAUGUAUGCAGUGGGAACCCCUCAUACCUGGCUUCACAUCGUGGCAGCCUUGGUAUGGCUGAAAGACUUCAUCAAGAUUCAUCAUACCUUGAAAGAAAGCGCACCUCUACUUGAUGAUGGGCAGCCUUGGGGAGGUAAAGAAGGAAUCAUAUAUAAUAAGUUGUUUCUGGACUGCACCAUCAAAUGCUAUGAGAGUUUCAUGACCGAUGCUGACAGCUUUGAAGAGAUGAAUGCAGAGCUGCAGUCGAGGCUGAAGGAUUUAUAUGAGGUGGAUGCGUCCAAGCUGGAGUCAUUAGCAGCAGAAAACAAAGCACUCAAUGAACAGAUUGCAAAAUUGGAGCAAGAAAGAGAAGAACCGAAUCAUCUAGUAUCAUGGAAGAAACUGAAAACUUCCUUGCAAGCAGAUGUUCAAAAGUAUAAAACAUACAUGAGCAGUUUGGAGUCACUUUUGUCCGUCCUAGACCAGAAACUGAGUGGUCUUGAUGAAGAAAUUGGUAGACUACAAUCAGAAUGUGAAGCAAUGAGACAGGAGAACGCUCGGCUACAGAACAUUGUUGAUAACCAAAAGUACUCAGUUGCAGACAUUGAGAGAAUCAUGAAAAAAAUGAGUUGCAUUUGGCAACAGCUUCAGGAUUAA